AUAAACAAAUUAAACCAUACAAUAAGAAAAGAAAUAAAACGUACGGAUAGACAAAUGGAGACUUACGUUGAUGCGAUUGGUGUGGACACGGAAGCUACAACAACGACGGAGACGACGGCGAAGCAGAACAAAAAGAAGUUGAAGGUUAUGGUUGCGAUGGAUGAAAGCAAGAAUAGCUUCUAUGCGUUGGAAUGGGCAGUGGAACAUCUCAGAGAUGUUAUUAGCGCUGAACCGGAAACCGAUCAAGCAGGCGGUUUACUGACUUUGGUUCAUGUUCAUCCAACGUACCUUCAAUAUAUCUACCCUUCUGGCGGAACUGCUUCGGCAAUGUAUGCGAUAGAUUCAGUUCCUGAAUCAAUGAAGAAAGCACGAGAAGAGAGCACAACCAAGUUGUUCACACGAUCAUUGGAGAUAUGUCGUGGCAAAUUGAUGAAGACGGAAACGAUGAUAUUAGAAGGAGAUCCUAAGGAGAUGAUAUGCCAAGCGGUAGAACAAACUCACGUGGAUCUUCUUGUUGUUGGUAGCCGUGGACUUGGCAUGAUCAAGAGGGCCUUUCUAGGGAGUGUGAGUGAUUACUGUGCUCAACAUGCCAAAUGUCCUAUUCUCAUCGUGCGACCACCUAGAGAAACCUCGACCAGUAGUAGCACUAAGGAACACAAGAGCAAGUGAGGAAGAAAACCAUGUGACCAUAACUUUUGUGUGUUUGUUCUGGAAUUUGAUGACUACUUUCUUUUUCAUUCCGUUUGUAUAUGAAUAAAAAUUUUAAAAUGUGGUGUUAAUUAAACAAUUUGUUUUGCGUCAUGGACGAAACUAAAACCGAACCUUUCGUUUUUA